AUGUUAAUCCCUCGUUUUUCAUUAUCUCAAACAGCAACACAUCUAUCAAUCACAAUUCGAUGUCCAUAUGUGAAAUUUUCUUCAUCAAAUGAUGAUACUAAUGGUAUUGAGGUUGAUUUACUUUCUUCAAAUGAAUUUUAUUUUGCUUGUAAACCCUAUUAUCUUCAUCUAUAUUUACCUGGUCGUGUUAUUGAUAAAGGUGUACCUGAAUAUAAAUAUGAUAUUGAUACAUCAUCAUUUUGUUUUAAUUAUGAAAAAGAAAUAGCUAAUGAACAUUUUCAAGAUCUUGAUAUGAUUACUAAAUUACUUAAUAAAGAAAAUAAAAUUUCAUCAAAUAAAAUUGAAGAAAUUGAUAAAGUAUUAAAUAAUGAAGAUGAUGAUGAUGAUGAUGAUGAUGACGAUGAUGAACCAUUAUGGAAUCACAUGAGACAACUUGAAAUUGAUGAUCAACCAAAAGAGAAUUUAAUUUCUUCAUAUUCAUAUGGUUUUAGUCAUCAAUAUAAAGAAAUAUUUUCAAAUUUUGAUGCUGAAUAUUCUUUAAUAUUUGAUAAUCAAUUACCUGAUACAUUACCGACAUCAUCGAUUCGUUCAUGUCGUUUAGAAAAAGAACAAUUUGAUUUUAAUUAUGAACAUUAUUUAGCUGAUAAACAUGAAUUAAAUGAUGAAACAUUAUUUAAUUAUAAAUUAAUUAUAGAUAAAGAAUUAGAUGAUCAAGAUCGAGAUGAUUUAAAAAAUCUUAAAUAUAAACAACUUUUAAUUGAUGAUCAAAUACCAAUUUAUUUAGGACUUAUUGAUUUACUUUAUGGAUUUGCCUAUGAUCAACGUAUAACACAAGGUGAACCAUGUUGUGAAUCUCCAUGGAAUAUUCAUAAAUUAUCGUCAACACUUUCCUGGUUUGAUUCCUUUACUGAUCUUCCAUCUGUUCUGAUUUCAUGUUGUCGUCGAACGUUAAUUUAUCCACUUAUUCGUUCAUUUAAACUUGCAAGAAAAUGCUUGUUGGAUGUUAUUGAAAUUCUUUCUAUGGGAAAAUGUGCAAUACUUCGAUGUUUUCUUCAAAUGAGACGUUUAUUUCUUGAUGAAGAACAUCGAUAUCUAUUAAAUACACUUUAUUUGAAUGAUUAUUGUUUAUGGAUACAAACAGAAUGUCAAACAAAAUGGUUAAAUUCAUUAACAGAAGCAAUGAAACAUACAAUUGACUAUGAACUUGAUGAAAAUAAUUUAGGAUUAGAUUUUGAGGUGAAAAAUUUUUCUUGGAAAGUUAAUUUAUAUGAAGCAAGUGAUACUGAUGAUGAUGAUUGUGUAUCAUUAUCAGAUGAGGAAAACUGUUAA